CCGCCGUUGACAGGCCUCGUCCAUCCUGGCGCUGCUGCUGCUGCUGGACGGGGCGAUGUUCUCCUGGUCCCCGCCAUCCCCUGGGCCGCUGGACAAACUCUUCCAGUACAUCGACGCCCACCAGGAUGAGUUUGUGCAGGUGCUGAAGGAGUGGGUGGCUGUGGAGAGCGUGUCUGGGCAGCCCGUGCCCCGGUUCAGACAAGAGCUCGCCCGCAUGGCGGCCAUGGCUGCUGACCAGCUGCAGCGCCUGGGAGCUGGCGUGGAUGUGGUGGACCUGGGCUCUCAGCAGCUGCCGGACGGCCAGAGCCUCCCCCUGCCGCCCAUCAUAUUGGCUGAACUGGGGAAUGAUCCGAAGAAGCCCACGGUCUGCCUGUACGGACACCUGGACGUGCAGCCUGCGCUGCGGGGUGAUGGGUGGCUCACCGACCCCUUCACGCUGGCCGAGGUGGACGGCAAACUCUAUGGACGAGGAACCACAGACAACAAAGGCCCCGUCUUAGCUUGGAUCAAUGCCGUGAGCGCCUUCAGAGCCCUGAAUCAAGAUCUCCCGGUGAAUGUCAAGUUCAUCCUGGAAGGGAUGGAGGAGGCGGGCUCUGUGGGGCUGGAGGAGCUGGUGAGGAAGGAGAAGGACCGCUUCUUCUCCAGUGUGGACUACAUCGUGAUCUCAGAUAAUCUGUGGAUCAGCCGCAGGAGGCCGGCGCUCACCUACGGUACCCGAGGGAACAGCUACUUCACUGUGGAGGUGAAAUGCAGAGAUCAGGAUUUUCACUCCGGAACCUUCGGUGGGAUCCUUCACGAACCAAUGGCCGAUCUGGUGGCUCUUCUUGGUAGCCUGGUGGAUUCGUCAGGUCAUAUCUUGAUCCCUGGAAUCUAUGACCAAGUUGCUCCGAUUACAGCAGAGGAAAUACAGAAGUACAAAAGCAUUGAUCUGGACCUAGAAGAAUACAGGAAUAGUAGCCAGGUUGAGAAAUUUCUGUUUGAUACCAAGGAGGAAAUCCUAAUGCACCUGUGGAGGUACCCAUCUCUCUCUAUUCACGGGAUUGAGGGAGCCUUUGAUGAGCCUGGAGCGAAAACAGUCAUCCCUGGCUGUGUUACAGGGAAAUUUUCCAUCCGUCUCGUCCCUCACAUGAACGUGUCUGUGGUGGAGAAGCAGGUAAAGCAACAUCUUGAAGCUGUGUUCUCCAAAAGAAACAGUUCCAAUCAGAUGGCUGUCUCUUUGGUAAUGGGACUUCAGCCAUGGGUUGCAAAGACUAAUGACAGUCAGUAUCUUGCCGCAAAAAGAGCCAUCAGAACAGUGUUUGGAGUAGAACCUGAUAUGAUCCAGGAUGGAUCAACCAUUCCAAUUGCUGGAACGUUCCAGGACAUCAUAGACAAGAGUGUGAUGAUGCUGCCGCUGGGCGCUGUUGAUGAUGGAGAGCAUGCUCAGAACGAGAAGAUCAACAGGUGGAACUACAUAGAGGGGUCCAAGUUGUUUGCUGCAUUUUUCUUGGAGGUGGCAAGACUGCAUGCAUCUGAUGCCAGGAAUCUUCCCUGACCCACGGAGAGAUCGUUCCCACCCCCAGAGAUGGAAGUUUAAUAGCCUGAACAUAUUGAUACAGUAAAGCACGCCUCCAUUCAAAACCUGGGGGAGGUGGGGAGAGGAAGGAAGGAAGGAAGGAAGCAGGGAGGGAAGAAGGGAGGAAAGGAAGGAAGGAAAGAAGGACAAAGGAAGUGUCCUAGGACAUUUGGGACAGUAAUAAAAUAUCUUAAAGGCUGAUCUAGAAAAUAGUUUUGUUACUAUUUUCUAUUUUACUAUUUGUACUUGGGAUGUAACAGAUAUUCUUCAGUUUGGGGGUAAACAUCUAACUUUAGGAUGCUGUCCCAACAAAAGAACUACACUGAGCAGGGAGAGUGAUUUAGUAAAUCAGAAUCAUACCUGAGAGGUCGGAGGGAGUUAGGGUGAGGUUUAGUCAGUCCCCACUGUGGAACUUGGGAUUUUAUCCAAUAAGAUGGCGGUAUUAGCCCUCUUCAAAUGGUAUGGCCACUGCCCAGGGGCUGUCCGGGUGUGGGAAAGCAUAUGAUCCUAUUUCUUGGUUGAAACUUGAGAUGGAAAGUGGGGUCCAUAGGAUGGGCGGCCAUGCUCUUCAUGCAGAGUGUGGGGUAGGGGGUGUUAGAAUGCCCGGGACAUUUCUGUUCAUGACUACCUAGCUGCCUAUGCCUAGCAGUUUAACACCCUGUUCUCACUUCCCCGAAGUCACAGCUAAUUGUGCCUUAACUGUUCUGAGUCCUGUCCAGUUGCCCAGGAUUGUGUUCAGUCAGUGCAACUUCAGACACGGGACAGUCUGUCAGUUAGGCUCUCCCCUUGUAACGCAUUUGGAAUAAUCCAUCCAGUGUGCUUUCUGGGUCCUGAAGGGCCCAGGACACAUGACCAUUCCGCACUAGCACACCUUCCUCUUAUUAAUAAAAAUGUGGGUCUCCACCACUGUAAUGACUUUUCUAUGGGUUUAUUUUUAGAGUUGGUAAGGUAUGGUACUAUAUUAACAUUUUAUUCCCCUUCAAUUAUUUACUCCUGCUCCUGGAAAAGUGUGGAAGCUGCAAUGAGCAAUAUUCAGACCUUUAUGCACCUGAGAUUCCUUGUUUUUUUUUAAUUCCAAACUUCUUUAUCUUUGCUAUGAUUGGUGUUAUGUGAUCAGCACCUUUGUCUACUGCUCUUCUCAUCCCAUCAGUAAUGUCUGCCUGUCUGUUCCCUGCAAAUGUAAACCCAGAACAGCAGAAUCUAUCCUGAUAGAAUUUCUCUCACCCCAUUGGAAUUUAACUCAAUUGGCUACAUCUAAAUUGCUCAGAGUUUUUAAACAGCAUCAGUUUUAGAUAGAGAACUAAUCAACCCUGACUUCAGUAAAACAUUCUAAAUUUAAAGUCCUCAGCUAAUGCUGCAUUUAUUAAUCACUGCAGUUAACCAUCAUAUUUGGCUUGACUGAGCUUGAUAGUGUAAACACAUAAAAAGAAUGUAAUCUUUCUAUAGUUGCAUGUAUGUAAAUAAAUCUGUUCAGUCUUUAUACAUUCAUUAUUUAAGUCACAUGAAGGGAGAAGAAUUUAAAGGUUUAUUAAGGAUGGCUCUCCUGACUUCAAAUAAAAACAAAGCUUGUUUCCA